AUGCAGCGCUUCCAGAACCCAUCCGGCUCGCAGGCCCAGGUUGCCCAGGUGCGGCCUGGAUAUGUGAUGAUGCGCUCUGGUGUCCUUACGCCUGCGGGAAGCGGCUACUUUCCGGCACAAGCUGUCCCAGCACCGCCGGUGAUGCCAGUUACCCCCGUUCAGGGUCCUGGGACUCCAGUUGGCACUCCGCUGAUCCAGGCCAGGCCUUU